UUGUACAGGCGACUGGUUACCACGCGUGCACCAAAACCGCUACUUCUCCAACGAGAAGCGCGUAUAUAUAUAGAUAACAACUGCACAACAAACUAUAUGUUGUGUUUACCAUCUCGUGCGUAAGAUUCAGUCAGGAGAAUUUGACAGUUCUAUAUUUCCAAGCAGCGACCAUCAACGGAAUGACAGUUGCGUAUCGUUGUCUUGGGUGUGACAAACGUGUCCUGUCCUAACUCAUAUUUGUAUAUUCUCAAGUAUAGGCGCUGAUACGCUUUUUCACGGACACAAUUCUUGUUGAGGUGGCAACGUUUUCACAUAGAAAUGCUAAUGAUUCUGACUCUUUUUUGAAAACCAGAGCCGAUGUUUGGGUUACUGGAAUAUCCCUUUAAAUCAUUAUUAAGGAAAAAAACAAUUUCAGUUGCUGACGGGGGCUUCUGAUGUAAUAUUUUUGGGGGGAGAGCUUCAGUUAAUAUCUUCUGGGUGUGUGAGCUCCAAAUGCAUUCAUUGCUGGAUCGGAAGAAGAAAGAAGCCGGGGUUGGGAUCGAUCUGUCUCCGAGCUACUCGUUGCCCCAAGCUGCGAGGAUGUUCAGCUGUGUGGGCUGCUUUUGGGUCCUUCUGUCCUCCGCUUUGGUCGCUAUUUGUAGUUUCAGUUUUAUAUCACCUGCGUGGAUUGUCAAGGACCAUCUGAAAAACAAGGAUUCGGUGAGCUUCGGCUUACUUUGGCACUGCUCGGAGUCCCUGGACCAUAUGUACAGAUGCUACACCUUCGGAGGACUCGGGAAAUUCGCUGAGAUCCCAUCCAGCUCGUGGCAGACCAGUGCAGUGCUGUGUUCUGGAGGAUGUGCUCUCUUGGCGGUCAGCUCUCUGCUGGCCAUCGUCACCAUCUUCCUGCCUAGCGGUGGCUGUGAACGGAGGAUCUGUACAUUGGCUGGAUACAUGCAGAUGGCUGCAGUGUUCAUCAUGGGGUCUGGGCUGCUGGUCUAUCCCUUUGGGCUGAACUCCACCCUGGUGAGGUCCUUCUGCGGGGACUCAGACAUCUACUACGCCGGGGACUGCCAGAUCGGCUGGGGAUACAUGCUAGCCAUUGUUGGCGUCAUGCUCACACUCUUUCUACCCUUCUUUGCCAAAUACGCCCCUAAGGAACACCUGUCCCCAACCCCCCUGCCCACUCUCUUAUAGGGCAACAACUGUCUCUGCCCUCAUGCAGUCAGUCUGCCUCAGUACUUCUACUUCCCUGUAUGAUGUCAUGGAGAUGAAGAAUCCCCUGCAUCCUCUUCUUUAGGAUGUCAUUUUAAAAAGCCCUGCUCUCUGAUACAACUAAACUACACCCAGCUGUGAACAACAUUUAUGUAGUCUUCCUUCAUGAAAAAGGUAUUUCUCAAAGAUAAUUGAUGUAACAGAAUAGAAUGUUAUGUUCCUUCUUUUUUUAACCAACCGUUGUCAAAUGUUACCCUGCUAUUUUUGUGACCAACAAUCACAGAAAAUUUCAAUUUGUAAUACCAUUUCUGGUUACACUUAUUUGAAACGAAAACAACCAUAAUAAAUAUAACAUCUGUCCAAAUGGACGGAUGUAUACAGCACAUAAA